UCCAAUAAAAAGAGUUUCUUCUUGGAAGCAGUAACUCUGCAACAGUCGAAGAGAGAGAGAGAACAAACAUGCUCGCUUAAUCCACGGAAUCGAGACGUUUCUAUGAACCCAAUUUAAUAUUCUCAGCUGGAAUCCGAACUCUGAUAGAGAAAGCACAACCUACACUCACUCAUUAUCUUUCUCUCCUCUAUCUAUAGAACUCUGUGCUCCCUACUUAAGACAAACAAGUGUUCUUGAGAGAGUGAGCCGUUGCAUUUCUUGAUACAACUCAGUAGAACACUUCACUCGAGUAGAAAACUUUUGUCUGAGGGAAAGAAAAUGAGUACAAGACUGAAGCUAAUCUUCUGGACUUGUGUCUCCAUUCUUGCCUUUCUUGAGCUUGGUGCGGCAAGCAAUAUAGGGAUAUGUUACGGACGCAACGCAGACAACCUCCCAAGCCCCAACAAAGUAUCCGAGCUAAUCCAACACCUCAACAUCAAGUUCGUCCGUAUCUACGACUACAACAUAGACGUCCUCAAAGCCUUUGCAAACACUAACAUCGAGCUCAUGAUCGGUGUCCCCAACGCCGACUUACUCGCAUUCGCUCAAUUCCAAUCCAACGUCGACACGUGGCUCCGCAACAACAUCCUCCCUUACUACCCAACCACCAAAAUCACUUCCAUAUCCGUCGGUCUCGAAGUAACCGAAGCCCCGGACAACGCCACCGGUCUCGUCUUACCAGCAAUGCAAAACAUCCACACCGCUCUCAAGAAAGCAGGUUUGGACAAAAAGAUCAAGAUCUCGAGCUCGCACUCGCUCGCUAUCUUGUCACGCUCGUUCCCUCCUUCGUCAGCUACCUUCAGCAAGAAACACUCAGCGUUCUUGAAACCGAUGCUUGAGUUCUUGGUGGAGAAUGACUCUCCCUUUAUGAUUGACUUGUAUCCGUACUACGCUUACAGAGAUUCAGCUGAGAAGGUUCAGUUGGAGUACGCUUUGUUCGAGUCGUCUUCGCAGGUUGUUGACCCUGCGACGGGUUUGCUUUACUCCAACAUGUUUGAUGCUCAGCUUGACGCUGUCUAUUUCGCCUUGACGGCUAUGAACUUUAAGAGCGUAAAGGUUAUGGUCACUGAGUCGGGGUGGCCGAGUAAAGGCUCGCCUAAAGAGACGGCUGCAACUCCUGAUAAUGCUCUGGCUUACAAUACUAACCUCAUACGCCAUGUCAUUGGUGAUCCAGGUACUCCUGCAAAGCCUGGGGAGGAGAUAGAUGUGUACUUGUUCUCGUUGUUCAAUGAGAACCGGAAGCCAGGGAUGGAGUCUGAGAGAAACUGGGGAAUGUUCUAUGCGAAUGGAACAAGUGUCUACGCCUUAGACUUCACUGGAGAGAGCGCUGUCCCUGGCCCUGUCUCUCCAUCAAACUCAACCACAGGUGUUAGUCCAAGUCCAGGUGACAACGGUAACUCAACUGUAACCAUUGGAGGAGGAGGAGGAGGAGCCAAGAAAUGGUGUGUUGCUUCAUCGCAAGCUUCGGUGACUGAGCUGCAGAGCGCGUUGGACUGGGCUUGUGGUCCAGGGAAUGUUGAUUGUUCAGCUGUUCAACCAAACCAACCUUGCUUUGAGCCGGACACUGUUCUCUCGCAUGCAUCGUAUGCGUUUAAUACUUAUUACCAGCAGAGUGGAGGGAGCAGCUUAGAUUGCAGCUUUGGUGGAGUCAGUGUUGAAGUUGACAAGGACCCUAGCUAUGGUAACUGUCUGUACAUGAUUGCUCCAUCUACUGAUGGAAUGAACAGAACAAUGGCUGGUAAUAUAACGGGAAACAUAACUGCCAUUGAUUCACCAUUGGCUUCGCCUUCAACGAGCAAUGAAGGAAUCAGACAAAUGGUGGUUUCCGUUGCAGUCUCUGCUCUGUUGCCGUGCUUUGUAGUUAGUUUGAGUCUACUAUGGUGAGAGACACUGUUUACCUUGUCUGUGAAGUUUUGAGUUAGUGUACCAAACCGGAGUUUAAUAGAACUUUAGUACCGGUAAUUUCUUGCAUUCCUUAACUGGAGAGAUGAGCUUAGUGAUGCAUUGUGUGUGUGGUUCAAAUGUAAUCAAUUCAAAGUACAGACACAAGUGACUGAUCAAAGACAAUUAUUUACUAGUACUACAAUCUAAA